UUACAGAUUUUCAUAUCGAUAUGGUUAAUGUUCACGAGUGGAGUGGUGGGCGUGACAGUCCUCGUCACCAAUAAGGUGACGCUUCAGUGGCUCGUUAUACUUCAAACCAUUUUGCCCUUCUUUUGGUGUUUCAUCGGAUGUUACAUCAAUGACCAGAUAUCUAAAGAAGUGAAUCAGACUAUCACACUUAUUAUCAAGUGCCUGAUAGACUUUAGAUGUGUGCCUUCAAGAAAGCCAGUUUUGGAGACCUUUAAAGAACUAGUCAGCAAUGAUCGUCUACAGUUCACAGCUUGCAGCCUAUUCAAAUUGAGCUACUCUAUGCUACUUGGAACUAUGCUUAAUGUUAUCACUUAUAGCAUAAUUUUAAUACAAAUGUUCUAGUUUGUCUCUUUAAUUAUUCUGAACUUAUCAUUUAAAUGUGACAUUGUCAUAGUUUUAAUUAAAGCUAGCUUGUCUUUGA